AUGUCACUCCCGCCUGACUAUGAGGGAAUGCUCCCUUUGGCUAUUACGAAUGAUUCCUCAGAGCCAAAAAGACAUGCAGCAUGCGACGAGUGUAGAAAGCGGAAGCUUAAAUGCUCCGGAGAAAUGUUGGGAUGUUCGCGAUGUACAAAACAGUCGCUCUCUUGUAACUAUUCCAUACAAAAACAGAUGGGCCGGCCGCCCAAGAAACGGACCCGAACAGAUGAUGAGCGGGUCGACUUCCCAGCGCUAUCUGGUGCUGAAGUUUGGCCCAGUCCAGAGGACUCGCAACAAUCUUCACAAUCUUCACUAGGACUGAGUCCAAACAUAGCCACCUUCCCAGAUUCCGAUCAUCUUUGUCCGAAAUUCUUCUGGCGGUCUGGUACGAACAUGGAUUUGCCACAAUCCCAGCCCGCAGAUCUACUGUCAGGCUAUGAAGACCACAACCAUGCCUGGAAGCCGGAUCUUCUGAAACAGUCAAACCUGCCUGUUUUCUCAUCGUAUUCCCCGUGGCCUGAUUUUUCAGCCGUCUCCGAAGCCACGGCCGUGCCAAUGCCAAUGCCAUUCCCCAACCCUCCAACUUUCUCUCCCACGAACUCACUCCCGCUCUCUCCUGCCACAUCCAUUUCCUCUGACUCCGCAACAUCUGGGUGUACGUGUUUAUCAUAUCUCUAUCUAUGCCUCAGCCACAUGACGUCAAUCUCCUCCUUCCCCGUCAAUUCCCACACUCUAUGCUCGCUAUAUAUCGCUGCACGAACUGUACGAGACGUGAUUCGCUGCCAAGUUUGUCCCAAGGCCUUUGCAACGGGCUAUCAAAAUAUCAUGUUCAUAGGCACUUUAUUAACCGUCGUCGCGGACUCGUGGCUGCGUGUCGCGCAAGCCGAUCCUGUCGAAUUGGGGAUGCAGUCUGCGCCUGCACACUACCUGCCUGAGGUGCUCCAAAGCCCUGAACCAGCUCAAGUUUGGAAAUCAUGGCUCCACCAAGUCGUUCGUCGCGCUGUCAUUGGUGGUCCCGUUGAGCCAGGUGCUAUGGUUGCUUGUGCUGAGCAGCCGGAUCUGCUGUCCAUGAUUACGGAAAUCGAGAAUCGACAACGUCGCUGGCAUGAACCUGGGCAACAUCCACUUGGACACUCAAUCUCCACGUCGGACCCGGCGCAGUCACAAGAUCAGGAGGAUUCCAGUGAAAAUAUGUUUUUAUGCCUUCGUGUGGUUGGAAGCGCCAGAGAUGUGAUCAAAAAAUUCAGCUUUGAUCCUUCAGAAUAUCCCGAGGGCGUUGAGCCGGUUACUGCGCGUAAUGAAGCGCAUAGGGGAGCAUACCAUGCGUGA